AUGACUCCACAGUCGCCAUCGAUCAACCCUUCACCAUGGCAGCCGUUGCCGCAGCCUCUAUCAGACAUAGAGCUAGAGGGCUUGCUGGGUGAAAUUGAGCCCACCCAAUGGGGCAAAGAGAGUUCUUUCGAUACAAAUACUGACUACCAAUUCCCGUUUCCCUCAGACACCGGUGAUCUGGAAUGGUCACAGUGGACAAAUUAUGAGUCACACCUCACGCGAACCGUCAAUACACAACCUGGACAUCAAGAUCAUGAGGAAUUGAAGGCUUCUGAAAUUGUCCAUGAUUUCGUUCCGCCUUUAGCGGGAGAAUCCGUUGACCCAUCCUCGCAACGAAGUCUUACGAAUGUCUCACAGUGGCUUGAUGGGGCAUAUCGUCCUCCUGCAUCAUGUGCCCAUUGUCGCAGGCAUCGGCUACAAUGUCUGAUAAUUCGCACUGCGCCUGCCAAUCCCAAUCCCAAAAAGUCUUGCUCAAGUUGUGUAGCCCUUUUUCGAGAAUGCAGCUUAGCAAAGGGAGAGAAACGCCAACCGUCGGGAUUUGAAACCUUCUCUCCGGUCUUUGGUCAUCUCCACGGUGUUCCGGAAGAUGGAAACCCGUUUCCCGCUGCCACUAUGGACAAUGGCAAUCAACAAAAAGAACCCAAACAGUUUCUCAGAAAAGGAGCUAGAGUUCUCCGCGAGUGGUUCUAUCAAAAUCAAGAAUAUCCUUAUCCAACAGACGAACAAAAGAAUCAGAUGGCCCACGAGACUGGGUUCUCCCAAAAGCGCAUAUCAACCUGGUUUGCAAACGCUCGCCGCCGCCAAAAGCAAAAGAUCCAGGCUGCGGGUCUCUCGUCCACAUCCCGUACUCGCUCAGGGUCUCCCAUGGUCACCAGCACGCUGUCCUCCCUGACCCCAAUGGAGCGAUGGCGGGCUUCGCCGCCAGAAGAUGAACCUAUUCCAGAAGCGGCUAUUCAAAAUGCCAUUUACUCUGGCUCGAUAGAGUCAAACGACAGCAUUGACCCGUUGCAGCUCGACAUAUCUACCAUGGAUUUCUUCAAUUUCGACGAGAGCCCGUCCCACUUAGCGUCAUCAGUAUCCAGCAUCGGGAGCAAGGUAUCUGAAACAUCCGAUAGCGCCUCUUCGGCAUGGAGCUACCAUUCCUCAGCAGACACGGGGCUGCCAUUCCCACUACUCCACAAACAAACUAAACCCAGACGCACCCGAGGACGGCAACGAACAGCGGUAGACCAUCCCUACCAGUGCACAUUCUGUCCACAGUCCUUCAAGAAGAAACACGACUGGGCCCGCCACGAGAAAAGCGUCCAUCUCACCCUUGACUCCUGGGUCUGCACUCCAAAUCCCCACGACGUCCAACAAGCGUUCGAACGCCAGUUUUCAGAAUGUCCCUUCUGCGACGUCCUUUUCCCAACGCCCGCCCAUUGGGAAGAGCAUGAAUUCCAAGUCUGUGCCGAUAAGCCAGCCCAGGAGCGGUCGUUCAGUCGGAAGGAUUAUCUAUGGCAGCAUCUGCGCAAAUUCCACGGUUGCACGAAAGCCCCCGUGGCUGACCUCGAGGCCUGGCGCGGAUCGGCCGCCAACGUCGAAAGCCGCUGUGGAUUCUGCGGGUCUUCGCUGUCCACCUGGUCAGCUCGGGCGGAGCAUCUGGCGGGUCAUUUCAAGAAGGGAUCCCGUAUGGAUCAAUGGGAAGGUGAUUGGGGUUUAGAUGCGUCGGCCUUGCUUGUUCUACGCAAUGCGGUCCCACCGUCUCAGCGGGCCGUAAACAUGUAG